UGUUUGUUUGUCCUUUUAUCUGUUUUUUUUUUGGGGUUUGGAUUUAGCGGAGGAAUCUGCUCCACUAAAAAUACCGUGUUGGAAAUAUUUUAAUUUUAAUUUGUUGUUGGAGACUCCAAUUAUAUGUGACAGCGAAAACAAAACAAGCUCAUUGAAUCGAAGUUGAGGAUGCUCUGUCUGGGUGGUGCGGUGUCGUUUUACAGCGUGAAAUGCUUUCAGCUGUACGAUUCCCGUUACAGGGACAACAGAUUCCUCCAUCACCAUGUAAACCACACACCCAGAUGGCGGCGCUUCAUGGCCAUCGAUUCCGAAUCUUCUUUUGCACCCUCAUCCUCCAUUGAUUCUGAUGCCACCGCUGCUGCUGGAUUCUGCAUCAUUGAAGGCCCCGAAACGGUGCAAGAUUUUGCUAAGAUGGAGCUUCAAGAAAUUCAGGACAACAUUCGAAGUCGGAGGAACAAGAUUUUUCUGCAUAUGGAAGAGGUGCGUAGGCUUAGGAUACAACAAAGGAUUAAAAAUGCUGAACUUGGAAUUUUUAAUGAAGAGCAAGAAAAUGAACUUCCAAAUUUCCCAUCAUUCAUUCCAUUCUUGCCUCCUUUGACUUCAGCAAACCUCAAGCAGUAUUAUGCAACCUGUUUUUCUCUUAUUGCCGGAAUAAUUCUUUUUGGUGGUCUCCUUGCACCCAGUUUGGAACUUAAGCUUGGAAUAGGAGGCACAUCUUAUGCAGAUUUUAUUCAAAAUAUGCAUCUGCCUAUGCAGUUGAGUGAGGUUGAUCCCAUCGUGGCAUCAUUCUCUGGAGGAGCAGUUGGGGUAAUCUCUGCAUUAAUGGUUGUUGAGAUAAACAAUGUGAAACAGCAAGAGCAAAAAAGAUGCAAAUACUGUCUUGGCACUGGAUAUCUUGCAUGUGCUCGCUGUUCAAGCACAGGCGCACUUGUUCUGAUUGAACCAGUGUCCACAGUUAAUGGUGGAGAUCUGCCUCUAUCACCACCAAAAACUGAGAGAUGUUCAAAUUGCUCUGGAUCUGGCAAGGUUAUGUGUCCAACAUGUCUUUGUACUGGAAUGGCAAUGGCAAGCGAACAUGAUCCACGAAUUGAUCCUUUUGAUUAAAGGUUUAAAUAUGAUAGAUAUCCUAAAGAGACAAUUUGAAAUGUAUAAUUUAUGUGGUAUAAUUUUUCUGUGGCGAAGUAAUGGAAUUUAUGUAAAUAUGUAUAAAUACGGAAUAUGAAAAAGAAAGCUGUUAAGAAUAAGGGAGUUUCCCUUUAUUUUUGAGAA